GUCAGUUUCUCUCCACGUUAUCAUGCCGCCUAAACCCAGUGGUAAAGCCGUCAAGAAGUCUGGCAAAGCCCAGAAAAACAUCACCAAGAGUGACAAGAAAGGGCGCAAGAAGAAGCGUAAGGAAAGUUACGCCAUCUACAUCUACAAGGUCUUGAAGCAGGUCCACCCUGACACUGGAGUCUCCAGCAAGGCCAUGAGCAUCAUGAACAGCUUCGUCAACGACAUUUUCGAGCGAAUCGCCGCUGAAGCUUCAAGACUUGCGCACUACAACAAGCGUUCCACCAUCACUUCCCGGGAGAUUCAAACUGCAGUCCGUCUUCUGCUUCCUGGUGAAUUGGCAAAACACGCCGUCAGUGAAGGAACCAAAGCUGUCACUAAAUACACUAGCUCCAAAUAAAUUUCCUGAUCCUCAAUAAAAACCAAACGGCCCUUUUCAGGGCCACCAAAUUUUUUAAAACGUAUUUCUUUCAAGUUUCGAAUGAAUAUUUGAACAACAAUUUUAAAUUUUUAUUUUUUAAAUUCGAUCCCAUACUACGGCACAAUAUCAAAAUGUGUGUCUCAUAUAUUUACUUAUAUAAAAGAGAUAAUUAAAUUCAAAAAUAAAUUGACAUUGAAACAGCACUAAGACGCAAAUAAAAAUUUUUUAGAUUAAACCUGACGUAAAU